UUUCGCGUUGACAUCAACAAAUCUCACACUCCCUCUCUCUCUCUCUCUCUCUUUCUCUCUCUCUCUUUCUAAUGAAGACGAUGCGAGGUUUAGGGAACUGUUCGAACGACGCCGUUUCACUAGACCUGACGGUUCCUCCUCCAGGAGCACCAUCUCCGGUCUCCUCCGGCGCAGCCUCGACGAGCCUAUCGUUCGAUGAAGAGGAGACUUCAGAGUCGAAGAUCGGACGGCUGAUAUCGGAGCAUCCGGUCAUCAUAUUCACUCGAUCAUCCUCGUGCUGCAUGUGCCACGUCAUGAAAAAGCUUCUAUCGACGGUAGGAGUGCACCCAACAGUGAUAGAGAUCAACGACGGAGAAAUCGCUUGCCUCGCCGUUCAAACCGCUCCUGUGCUCUUCAUAGGUGGAGCUUGUAUCGGUGGCUUCGAGUCUCUUGUCGCACUUCACCUUACUGGUCAUCUUAUUCCUAGACUCGUUGAAGUUGGUGCCUUAUGGGCAUAAUUGUAAUCUUCUCUUUUCUCAGUCUAGCCUUUAAAAAAAAAAUUAUAACUAUUUUAAGAAAAAUCUUGUAAUAAAAAUCCAUUGUAAAUUUCCUGAUCUACGCUUUCUGUUUUUGAAACACAAAAAUGUUUUCUUCUUUAAAUUCCUUGUGUACUUUAUCUUUCACCAGUUUGGCUACUCUUGUUUAGACUUUAGAU